GGGCAGAACUACAGGAAUGUUAUUAUGUGGAUGGACCAUCGUGCAGUCAGUCAAGUUGAGCGCAUCAAUGCAACGCAGCACAGGGUUCUGAGCUAUGUAGGGGGAGUGAUGUCUGUGGAAAUGCAGCCACCUAAAUUGCUGUGGCUAAAGGAAAACUUGCAAGAAUUGUGCUGGGAGAGGGCCGGCUACUUCUUCGAUCUACCAGAUUUCUUAUCUUGGAAAGCCACAGGUGUCACGGCAAGGUCCCUCUGUACUGUAGUGUGCAAGUGGACAUACACUCCAGAUGGAGGUUGGGAUGAUAGUUUCUGGAAAAUGAUUGGUUUGGAAGAUUUGGUGGAGGAUAAGUAUGAAAAAAUAGGAAACCACGUCUUGUCUCCUGGAGAGUCUGUUGGAAAAGGUCUAACGCCAGAAGCUGCACAAGACCUCGGACUCCCUGAAGGGAUUGCAGUAGCAGCAUCUCUCAUUGAUGCACAUGCUGGAGGACUAGGAGUAAUUGGAGCAGAUGUGAAAGGACAUAACCUGCCAUGUGAAAGCCAGCCAAUUACAUCUCGAGUCGCUAUGAUCUGUGGAACAUCUUCAUGCCACAUGGGG